GUAUACCUAUUCCCCGAAAAGCGAAACUGAACGGAUUCGAUACAGUGAACUACUAUCCAGACUUCUCAAUGAUCAAUGGGAACGUGUGUGCAAGACACACGAUUCAAUUGACAUUUUGCUUCUGGCUAUAACAUGGUCGCCAAUGAAGCAGUUUGUCAAGUUACAAUAUCAGAAAACACUUAUUCUCCAUAAAGAUUGUGUCGACAAAAUACAGCAAGUAUGUGCGACAAUCGAAAGUAUUCGCUACUCAAUACACGCAGGCUCAGUGGAUGUUAGGAUGCUUAUGUUUAUACAAGAACACUUAGAUCCUUUCUGUGACUUAGUUGCACUAAUGCAUAAAGAUGGUACCAUACAAAGACAAGUGACUUCUAGGUUGAUUCAUCUACGAAUGAAAGAGGUUGAAUCUUACAAUAAGCUUUCAAAAAUAAUGAGGCGCUUUCUGACGUUGUGUCAACAGUUUCAGGUGGACACUUUGGACUUAAAGGACAUUUUAGCCAAGGACACGGACAAACUUCAACUUCUAUCGAUUUGUGAUGCAAAAGCAGCACAGACUGUUGAUGCGUCAGCGAUAUAUGAACCGUGUAUUGUGCCAUUUAAAUCCUAUCAACGUGUAAUAGAAGUAGUAGGCCGAAAUGAACAAUUCCUCGACAGCAUAGUGUUCAUGCAGAUGUGGGCAGAAUGUCAGCAGUAUCACAAACGCCCUUUCACCAUUGAUGAGAUAUUAAAUGAUGUUUGGUUUCCAACAGAGUUUAGAUGGAGGCUAUUCGGUGAGAAACUGCGAUAUGGGAAUAUUCUGGUUGACGACGUUGACAGACAAUUACCUUCUUCAUUUGAAGAACAAGAUGAGAAGCUUGAACGGGAAAUUACCGUCUUUGUUUAA